AUGAUGGUCAAUAAAAAAGUUGUUGCUUUGUGCACACUUGCCUUACAUUUUUUUUCUAUAUUUCUAUGUCUGGGAAAGGAAGUAAGGUCUGAAGAAAAUAAGAAAAUACAAGAUGAUGCUGAAAAGAUCGUUAGCGAAUUACGAUUCCUAGAAAAAGUAGAAGAGGUUAUUGAAAAGAGUAACAUAGGAGGGAAUGAGGUAGAUGCAGAUGAAAAUUCAUUUAAUCCAGAUACUGAGGUUCCCAUAGAAGAGAUAGAAGAAAUAAAAAUGAGGGAACUGAAAGAUAUAAAGGAAGAACAAAAUAAAAAUGAUAACCAUCAUAAUAAUAAUAGUAGUAGUAGUAGUAGUAGUAGUAGCAGUAGUAGUAAUAGGUUUAGUGAAGAAAAAGAAGAAGUAUCUAAAAAAAAAAAAAAGUUAAGACUUAUAGUAAGCGAGAAUCAUGCAACUACGCCUUCGUUUUUCCAAGAAUCCCUUUUAGAACCUGAUGUUUUAUCCUUUUUAGAGAGUAAAGGAAAUUUGUCCAACUUGAAGAAUAUCAAUUCUAUGAUUAUAGAACUAAAAGAAGAUACAACAGAUGAUCAGUUAAUAUCUUAUAUUAAAAUUCUUGAGGAGAAAGGAGCUUUGAUUGAAUCAGAUAAAUUAGUGAGUGGUGAUAAUAUUGAUAUAAGUGGUAUAAAGGAUGCUAUAAGAAGAGGUGAAGAAAAUAUUGAUGUUAAUGAUUAUAAAAGUAUGUUAGAAGUCGAAAAUGAUGCUGAAGAUUAUGAUAAAAUGUUUGGUAUGUUUAAUGAAUCACAUGCUGUAACAUCGAAAAGGAAACGACAUACAACAAAUGAUUAUUUAUAUGAUGAUGAUAAUAAUAAUAAUAAUAAUUAUAGUCAUAGUAGUAGUCUUAGUAGUAGUCGUAGUAACCCAGGUAAAUAUCAUUUCAAUGAUGAAUUUCGUAAUUUGCAAUGGGGUUUAGAUUUAUCCAGAUUAGAUGAAACACAAGAAUUAAUUAACGAGCAUCAAGUGAUGAGUACUCGUAUAUGUGUUAUAGAUAGUGGUAUUGAUUAUAAUCAUCCAGAUUUAAAAGAUAAUAUUGAAUUAAAUUUAAAAGAGUUACAUGGAAGGAAAGGUUUUGAUGAUGAUAAUAAUGGUAUAGUUGAUGAUAUAUAUGGUGCUAAUUUUGUAAAUAAUUCAGGAAACCCGAUGGAUGAUAAUUAUCAUGGUACUCAUGUUUCAGGUAUUAUAUCUGCCAUAGGAAAUAACAAUAUAGGUGUUGUAGGUGUUGAUGUAAAUUCAAAAUUAAUUAUUUGUAAAGCAUUAGAUGAACAUAAAUUAGGAAGAUUAGGAGAUAUGUUCAAAUGUUUAGAUUAUUGUAUAAGUAGAAAUGCACAUAUGAUAAAUGGGAGUUUUUCGUUUGAUGAAUAUAGUGGUAUUUUUAAUUCUUCUGUAGAAUAUUUAAAAAAAAAAGGUAUUCUCUUUUUUGUAUCGGCAAGUAAUUGUAGUCAUCCUAAAUCAUCAAAACCAGAUAUUAAAAAAUGUGAUUUAUCUAUAAAUGCAAAAUAUCCCCCUAUCUUAUCUACAAUUUAUGAUAAUAUUAUAUCUGUUGCUAAUUUAAAAAAGGAUGAUAAUAAUAAUAAUAAUAAUAAUAAUAAUUAUUCAUUAUCCAUUAAUUCUUUUUAUAGUAAUAAAUAUUGUCAACUAGCUGCACCAGGAACUAAUAUAUAUUCUACUGCUCCACAUAAUUCAUAUCGAAAAUUAAAUGGUACAUCUAUGGCUGCUCCACAUGUAGCUGCAAUAGCAUCACUCAUAUUUUCUAUUAAUCCUGACUUAUCAUAUAAAAAAGUUAUACAAAUAUUAAAAGAUUCUAUUGUAUAUCUCCCUUCCUUAAAAAAUAUGGUUGCAUGGGCAGGAUAUGCAGAUAUAAAUAAGGCAGUCCAUUUAGCCAUAAAAUCAAAAAAACCAUAUAUCCAUUCUAAUAUAUCUAACAAGUGGAAAAAAAAAAGUAGAUAUUUGCAUUAA